AUGCCUACCUAUCGCUUCGAGCUCGCCCGCAGUGGCAGGGCUAGCUGCCAGACUAAGGAAUGCAAGGACAGCGGAGACAAGAUUCCCAAGAAUGAAUUCCGUGUUGGCACCUGGACCGAUACAGAGAAAAUUCAAAGCUGGAUGUGGCGUCACUGGGGCUGCCUGACUCCGAGAAUGAUUUCCAACAUGCAGGAGUCCCUCAAGAUUGACGGCUCCGAUGGAUACAACUUUGAACAGCUUGAUGGCUUUGAGGACCUGAGCGAGGAGCUUCAGGAUAAAAUCCGCAAUGCCGUCGAGACUGGCCACAUUCCUGAUGAGGACUGGAAGGGCGAUGUUGAGCUCAACCGCCCUGGCAAGUCUGGCUUCCGUGUCCGUGGCAAGAAGGCCGAGGCCAAGAACAAGGGCCCCGAUUCCGGAGAGGAGUCUCCCGUCAAGAAGCGCGGCCACGCUGAUUCCGACGGAGAGGAGAAGCCCGCCAAGAAGAAAGGUGGUCCCAAGGCUAAGGCCGCCGACGCUCCAUCUGCUACUCCUGCCGCUGGACGCAAGAAGCCUGGCCCAAAGCCCAAGAACACCGAUGAUGAUGAUCAAUCCGAGGCCGAGGAGAAGCCGAAGCGUGGCCACAAGCUUAAGACCACCGAAGACGCCGAGGAUAAGGACUCUGUUGCUGCAGCCGAGCCAAAGAAGCGUCCUCCUCGUCGCAAGGCCGCUCCUAAGGAAUUCCCUCAGCCAGAUGACGAGGAGCCCAAGCGUAGCCGUCGCAACAGGGCCCCAGAGAACAAAGCCUCCAAGAACAAUGGAGCUGCUGAGGACAACGACAGGCCCAAGCGUGGCCGCGCUAAGAAGGCCCAGAGCAACGAAGCUGCCGAUGAAACCGAGAAGCCAAAGCGUGGACGUCCUUCCAAGAAGACCCAGAACGGUAAUGGAACAGCUAAUAAGACGGAGCAAAUUGACACCGCUGAGCCCGCCGCCGAAUCCGCCGCUGACGACAGCAACUAA